UAAAUCCAAUUCUCCCAACCAACUCCUUAUCCUAUCUUCUUCUUCUUCUUCUUCUUCUUCUUCUUCUUCUUCUUCUUCUUCUUCUUUCUUUCUAUUCAAUUCUUCACCAAAAGAAGAAGAAACAAUGGCUUCUUCACUCUCAACUCUCACCCUCAAUACCCCAUUUCCCCUUUCUUAUUCCCAUUCCAAGUUCUCCCCUCAUUCCUUCAGAUCCACAACCCUCCAUUUCCCCUAUCGCCGCGCCACCCUCCUCCGUCCCAUUGCCGCCGUCUCCGCCCCGGAGAAAAUCGAAAAACUCGGCUCCGACAUCUCCAGCCUCACCCUCGAAGAGGCUCGGCUUCUGGUCGACUUCCUCCAAGACAAGCUUGGCGUGUCUGCCGCUGCCUUCGCCCCGGCUGCUGUGGUGGCAGCACCUGGAGGCGCUGUUGGGGGGGACGCGGCAGCGGAGGCAGUAGAGGAGAAGACGGAAUUCGAUGUGGUGAUUGAGGAUGUGCCUAGUAAUGCAAGGAUUGCUGUGAUUAAGGCAGUGAGAGCGUUGACAAGCUUGGCUUUGAAGGAAGCUAAAGAACUUAUUGAAGGAUUGCCAAAGAAGUUUAAAGAAGGGGUUUCAAAAGAAGAAGCUGAGGAUGCUAAGAAACAGCUUGAAGAUGCUGGAGCUAAAAUUGCAAUUGUUUAAUCAUUGGGGAAGCCAAAAACAAAAAAAAUGAGUUCAUUUGUUUUAGAGAAACUUACUUAAUCUUGAGGAUUUUUUUCUUUUUUUUGCUUGAUGUGAAUUGUGAAGUUGUUCCUGACAUAUGCCCACCUAGAAUCUUUGCUUGUUUUUGUGCUGCUA